GGGGGAAAGAAAACCUGUCUCUUUGUGUGAGAAGAACUGAACAAGAAAGUGAUUUUUGUUUUUCUUUUUUGAGUUUGUCCCCAAACUCUUCUAGCCUCUUACGGCUGCAGCUACAUUUGUUUGCUUCAUGUGCCAGAGCUGCCUCACCACAGAGUGACAUAUGAGUGUACUUCUUCUCAAGCCGGCAAAACAGCGACACCCGGGCUGCUCCUGACGAUGAGAGCCAACGUCAGGCUGGUUUCCAUGAAUAUUGAUGUGGAGGAUAGACUGUUUCAUAGAACAGAAGGAGGCAAGAUGGCUGCCCUUUAGGAUUUGUUAAAGAGGCGAUCCAGACGGUUUGUUGGAAUUUCUACAAAGUGGAGGGACAUAAAAAGAAGGGGGUAAAAAGGGCAGCCUUGUGUAUGGACUCUGAGCAAGCCAGAUGGAAACAGAACAGGCCAAACAUGAGACGGAAGAAAGUCUGAUGUUAGGACAUUUUGGGACUUGUAACUUUUCUCCUAAACUCCAGAAUGGAGCUCAGUCUUCAGAAGAAGAUUCUCUGCAGAUCACUGAAGACACAAAUUGGAUUACACACUCAGCACAUUACAAACCUAACAAAGGCAUCAGCUCUGUAAAGAGAUACAGGGAGAACUGUGACAUACGUGCAUCAGAACAGCGCUUGUGCAAGAUGAAUGGAGAUUUGACAAAUGGAGAGUUGAAUCACGCACACACUGAGCAGUCCUUAUUGGUUCAUCAGCCCAAGAAAAUGAAAGUUGAUGUUGAAAAUAGAGAUAAUGUUGACACAAGUUAUAAUUUGGUAAAUAACUUUUCUGAAUCGGAAAGCAGUUCCCAAUGGACAGAGACCAGUUUUGAUAAAAGGAACUUUCAUAUUCCUAAUGGAGAUAUUUUUUGUUUACCACAAAAUAAACAAGUUUCAAAUGGUGCUGUGUCAUCUUCCUCAACCAUAGAAAGCACUCCAGGUAAUCUGUUGGAGAAAACACUGUCUCAGUAUUACCCUGAACAAGUGUCAAUUGCACCACAGACAUCUGGGUCACAGUUGGAUACUGUGAAUGAUUCACUGACCAAUCAGUUGUCCAGUGAAGGUGCUCAGCCAACUGCUUUAACCUCAGGAUUUCAAACCAACUCAUCCCACAUGACUGACUCCCAGCAACAGCAGUCUGGAUCAGCUACAAAUGCUGAAGGUGACAACAGAUAUAACUCUGUCAAUUAUUCAGUGAAUGGAUAUUCCCACAACUUUGAAUUAGACCGCCAGCAGCAACAACACCAUCAUCUGCAACAACCACAAUCUUACUCUGGUCGGGAGUUGGAUUUGGGGCCACUGCCAGACAUGGUUCCACCUUUACAUAAUGCCAAUAGCUCACAACAUCCCAAUGGUGGACCAUGUUUUCCAAAUGACACAAAUCCUCAAGGGAACUAUACAGGAGCCCGCCAGGAGUUUAACCCCAGCUCUUUUGUGAAGCACAGUAAAUCUCUUCAUACAACAGAGGCAGGUGGAUACGGAUCCUUUCACAACUCCGAGAUACAGGAGAAUAAACAAAGCGAAAAACCUGGAACUGGUCAAACUCUGCAACCAUGUGGAAGUCAGACUCAGAACUUUCAAGAAAAUGUUGGAAAACAACACCGACCUGAUGGUGUGGGUCACAUGGGCCCUGGUCUCAAACAGCCACACCACAUUAGGAAGGAAAAUGGUAUGGAGAACACUCAACAGAGGGCUAAUAUAUCAUGCUCAACUCCCACCCAGACAGGUUGGAUAGAUAACAGUCCUUUACGAUCCCAUCAGCAACCAACAAAUGGCCCAUUAUCUCAUACACAAGAACAAAACAUGUGGAAGGGCUUCUCUGGUAAACCUCAGCCAGAACGGCAGACAGACAGUCCCCAAGUUUGCAGUCAGUUAUUAGAUCCAAACUCAGUGCAGCAAUACAGGGGAACACAAACACAGGGAGUUUUCACAGAUAGCAGCCAAAGGCCUAACAGUUCACAACAAAAACAGCAAGACUGUCUACCAUCACAUGGUGCUUCAAUGCAGCACAAUACUGCCCCUGAGUGGCAGCAGUUGAAUCUUAAAACACCUCAUAUACAGCAAAUAUUGCUCCAAAAAAGUCCAGAGCAAAGAAACUUCACUCAAAAUCAGCAAGCAGAAAACUGUUACCAAUCCCAGAGGGAACCAGAGCACUUUUGUGAGAAUAAUGAAUUACAAGACAUAUUGUCAGCAGGUUUUGUAACAACACAGCAGCAGCAAAAAGAUCAGCAGCUCUGUCUUCGACGUCCACUGUCUCAUCCACCACAAUUUGAAGGGCAACAACUUAAGUCUCCCAAUUACAGACCUCACAGUCAGCCUCCGCCAGGUUCACAGCUUCAAACAGACCAACCUCUUAGAAACAAUUCAGCUCAACCCAACAACCAAGACAUCCAUCCCAUCGGCCACCCACCAGUCACUUACAACAACACAACAGAGACACAACAACCACAACCUCAAAAGCAGUACUUUACAGACUCGAGCAGCAAGAACCUCAAACAAUUUCAACCACAGCAGUCUAACAACCACUGCCACGAGACCAACCAAGUGGACUUUCCCCAUACCGUUACACAGUCUCAACCGCACUUACCACAAGGUCUGGUAAACCAGCAGGUGACAUCGCAGAUGUAUCUCAAAUUAGAACAGCAGAUGAAGGCUUUUUGCACUCAGUUCCAAAUGGGACCUCAACCAGUGGGUUCCCACAGAGACUCUCAGAGGCAAGCUCUGCGUCUACACCUAUUACUAAAGCAGGACCGUCACAGUUCCCCUCACCCCCUUCAAGGCUCUAGUGAUCCCAAACAAGUCCCUAGAGGUGUGAAAAUAGAAAACGGGCCCAGAUUUGAGUCGCCUGCUUCACGGCAGCAGGAACAGCUGCUGCAAAUGAGAGAGCCAGGCAUGGGUGGAAUUCAUAUUAAGCAGGAAAAUCAACAGUUUCUGUGUGUUGAAAACAAGAAGCAGGGAAGCAUCCUGUCAUCUAUGGAGCAAAGUCUGAGGCAGUACCAGUUUUCACCUGUGUCUGAGAAAAAAUCUGAUGUGUUCAACUCAUUGAAUAAAGUCAAGGUGGAGUCCUCAGGUCCUGUUACAGUCCUGUCAACCAACACACACAUAAAUGGGAUAGACUCAUCAGCAGGGACCUCAUCCUCUGUAGCUCAGAAAAAAAUGCUUGAUUCCACUCCUAAGAAAGAACAACUUCUCAAAAGUUUCUUAGACUCUCCCAUCAAGCUAUUGGAUACACCUAUAAAGAAUCUUUUGGAUACUCCCAUGAAAACACAGUAUGAAAUUCCAUCAUGCCACUGUGUUGAUCAAAUUAUUGAGAAGGAUGAAGGCCCAUAUUACACUCACCUGGGCUCAGCACCUACGGUUGCUGGCAUUCGAGAAGAGAUGGAGAAAAGGUCAGGCCUAACUGGUCAUGCCAUCAGAAUUGAAAAAGUCAUCUACACCGGCAAAGAAGGAAAAAGCACACAAGGUUGUCCCAUAGCCAAAUGGGUGAUACGUCGAUCCAGUGAAGAAGAAAAACUAUUGGUCUUGGUGCGUGAACGUAUAGGUCACAGAUGUGACACUGCCUGCAUCAUAGUUGUAAUCUUGGUUUGGGAAGGCAUCCAGCCCAGUCUGGCUGACCACCUCUACCUCGAGCUGAGUGAAACUCUAACAAAACAUGGAGCCCUCACCCAGAGACGUUGUGCUUUUAAUGAAGAGAGGACAUGUGCAUGCCAGGGAUUAAACCCUGAAGCCUGUGGAGCAUCUUUCUCUUUUGGCUGCUCCUGGAGCAUGUACUACAACGGCUGCAAGUUUGCCCGAAGCAAAAUUCCAAGAAGGUUUAAGCUGUUAGUAGAUGAUGCCAAAGAGGAAGAAAAAAUUGAGAGAAAUUUUCAAAAUUUAGCAACCUUACUGGCUCCUUUGUAUAAAACUAUGGCACCUGAAGCCUAUGGAAACCAGAUAGAAUAUGAACAUAGAGCACCAGAUUGUCGUUUGGGACUCACAGAGGGUCGCCCCUUCUCUGGGGUCACUGCUUGCAUGGACUUUUGUGCCCAUGCUCACAGAGACCUCCACAACAUGCAGGGUGGCAGCACUGUGGUUUGUACAUUAACAAGACAAGAUAAUCGAGAAAUUGGAAAGAUACCAGAGGAUGAGCAGCUUCAUGUCUUACCUCUUUAUAAGGCUUCUAACACUGAUGAAUUUGGAAGUGAGGAGGGCCAGCAGGAAAAAAUAAAGGCAGGGGCCAUCCAAGUCCUCAGUGCCUUCCGCCGCCAGGUGCGCAUGCUUGCAGAGCCUGCCAAGUCUUGCCGGCAGAAGAAACUAGAUGCAAAAAAGGCAACUGCCAACAAGAAUGCCAUGCUGGAAAGCUCUAAUGAUAAGGCAGAAAAAGCCCUCCAGACCAAGUUAAAAGCAGGCACUUAUGAGAAUACUGUUCAGAGCGCUCUACUGGCAGGUGCUGUGGGAGCAACCCUACCGUCGGGUCAUCCAUCAUACCCUCUUGGGGCCCACCCACAACACAUACAGCAACAACAGCACCAGGGUGUAUUUUCUCCUUACCCUGUCGCAACAAAUGCUGCAGUCACAAGGUUCUCCAACCAUCAUGGGCCUUUUCCAAGCACUUCCAAGCCAGGCAGCAUGUUUAACCCUCAGCCACCUUCACCAGCUAGCCCUUACCUUUCUACGUUUCAUGUACCAAACUCUUAUAUGAAUGGGUCAAAUCGUCCAUACCAAAGUCCCCAGUGUAAUGGAGGAUUGCCCAUUGACAACUACCAUCCACUCUAUGCUUCAAGCCAAAAGCAGUCGGACAUGUACGGACAGCAGCGGGCAACACUUUACGCAGAGCAGCAGUAUGGUGUACAUCGUUUUAAUGUCAAUUAUCCACAAAGAUACAGUGAAGCAGGUUUACAAGUCAAUGGUUACAAUACCAUACGACCAACUCAACCCAUGACUCAUUAUGGCCCCUAUGGUCCUAACAGGACUCAAUUUAUUGACCCCCUCUUAAAAGCACCCUCUGCCCCUGCAGGCAUUGCUUUAGGCAAAGGCCAUCAGUUUGGAGAAUACUCAAAUCCAUAUCUGCCUCAGAGCCCACAUGUCCUACCUCCGGGUCAAGAUCCUUUCCAUAUGCAAAUCAAGACAGAGUCGGGUGCGCCAGGCCCACAAAUUUUUGCAGCUCAGCUUAAUGCUGGGUGUUUAAAUCCUGAAACACAAUCCGAUCUGGGUCGGCCUAAUGGGGGUAUUUUGAGCUCUAAUAUUAAGCAGGAGCCUGGAACUCCACAAACACCUACAACUCCACAAAAACCUGAGAUGUGGUCAGACAAUGAGCACAAUUUCUUAGACCCUGACAUUGGAGGUGUUGCCGUUGCACCAAGUCAUGGCUCAGUCCUCAUUGAAUGUGCAAAACGGGAGCUCCACGCCACAACUCCCCUUAAAAAUCCAGAUCGAAACCACCCGACUCGCAUCUCCUUAGUGUUCUACCAGCAUAAGAAUCUGAAUGAGGCAAAGCAUGGGUUGGCGAUGUGGGAAGCUAAGAUGGCAGACAAGGCCCGAGAGAAAGAGGAAGAGGCAGAAAGGAAUGGUGGUGAGGGGACACCCAGCAAGGGCAACAAAAAGGGGGUGAAGCGUGAGCAUUCUGACUCAACAGAGACCACUGGGGAACCUCCAUACAAGCGUUUUAUUAAGGCACUAAUGGAAGGAUCCUCAUCAUGCACAACUAACACAUACGCCAUGACAACCCCAUAUGCAUUCACCAAGGUCACAGGGCCUUACAACCAGUUUGUGUAGAAAACAACAGAUUACCCUGACCACAGACAGAGGCCUAUCAACUGCCCUAUCUUACAUGGAAAAACAUGUACCUGUGAUGGGACAUAGACUUUUACAGCAGGUUUUUCCACUUCUUUCACAACCAAACCUACACAAGGAUGUUUUUGUUUCAAAUUAGCAAUUUUUGCAGCGUACACAAAAAAAUCUGUGGUGCUUUCAGUUUGAUAGAUGAGGAUCUAUUUUAGCUGGACACAAAGUUUCAUUUUUUGUGAUUUUUAUUUUUCUUACAAAACUUUGGAGACUUUGCAAAAACAAAACACUGACUUAGUAAACAACGGUCAUGGUGCUAAAGUCUAUGCUUUUACCAUUUAUUUCAGUUUAAAUGCCUUUACACUAAAACCACAAUACACUCUACAAGUGACACUCAUUUAACUUCUGUGAAUGGGACACUGACAGUAUCAUGCCUGUCAAAUCAUGAGCAUCAGAGUUUUUGAAAAAUCAGUGUUUCUUAAAGCACUUUUGGAUCAGUAGGAAAAAAUGUUUUGUAAUACUUAAAAAAGGUUAUCCAUGAAUUUAUAAAAGUUUUGUAUUUACAAUCCUCAAUGCUAUUUUAAAUACACAAAACAUUUUUUUAAACUGUCAUUAUGUUGGUGCUUUUAUCACUUAUGGAUGCUGUUUUACUGUAAAAUUGAGCCAUUUGUAUGGUGCAUUUUUAAACCUUUUGAGACAAAAAAAAUAAUUUUUCAUUUCAUUUGACUUGGUUGUCAACAACAGUUUUUAAUGUUCCUUCUAGCAGGUUCUCAGAACACCCUGCCUUGUGAUUAUUACACAUAGUUGUAUGUCUGUGGUGCUCAGUAAAUGUGCUUUUAAUACACUGAGGGACACAAAACGGGGUAAUCUCAGUGUCAGGUUCAGAGGGCAGCUGGUUUGUUGUGGGGUAUUUUGCUCGUUUAAUCUAGCAGAUAUAAAGAGGUGAGAUUUGUACAGUAAAUUAAUUCCCAUGAUGGAUUUAGAGAUUUUAUGUUGUAGUCAACAUUGUGAUUUUUUUUUUUUUUUUUGAGUUUCAGCUGAUUAUUUCAUGGGGUGCUAUUCAGCCUACUAGAAAUGUACAAUAAGACUCUUUAGGCAGUGAGAAGGCUUUUAAAUAAUGUACAGUACAAACAUAUCAUAUACCUCAAAACUACACGGGCAAUAGAAUUUUUACUUUAUUUUUCAUAUCUUACAGCUUUUGCAAAUUGCUUUCAAAAUAACAGUUGAAGCUUCAGCCACCAAAAGGCGUAAAAGUUCACAUAUUUACUUUCAAUUUGCAAAGAAAGUACUACUUGAACUUUGAUAUUACUGUAAAAUCAGGGACAUUUUUAACUAAUUUAAUGUUCAUCUUCUAAACCUGUAUUCGUCUUUUUUUUCCCCACAUUCAGGGACUCAUCUUUGCAUCCUGAAUCCCAACAGCAUUCUUGUUUCUUACAGUUCAUGCAGGAAAAUGUGAUUUUUGUGGGGUUAAAAAGGUGCGAUCUAGCAAAGUUCUCUUUAAGGAUAGACUUUCAAAUUUAAUUGGAACAAAUAUGCACUGAGUUAACUAAAGGGAAUGAUAUAUGAACUUGUGAGUCAAGGCAAGGGCAGCGAUUACUGUAGCUGUAUGUCUGUGUGCUUGUGUAUAGACAAAUUAUUUAUAACUACUAAGCAAUUAUUUCUUCUCUCUCUUUAUAUUCCAUUUAAUUGAACCAAUGUAAUUAGUCAAAUUAUUGUAACAACUCACCAUAUUGUCUCCACAUGUUAACUUUCUGAAAGCACUUCAGUUCUUUUAAGGUAAAGAAGUUUGUAACUAAAAAAUAGCAAAAGGUUUUAUUUAAAAAUAUAUGUUUUUAAAAAUUAUAAAUUAUGUUACAUUGUACAUACCAAGAAUUUGUAUUGCAGGAGUAUAACUCAUCCUUUGAUAUUCAUGUUAGACUCUUAUAUUGGCCCAUGGCUUCUCAUUUGUUGUCUUCAGAAAAUAAAAACUGGAGUUUUCCAUGUUCAGUGACAA